AUGGCUGAUUACAACGAAGAAGAGGAUCUCUUCGCCGACCUCAGCAUCCGCAGCUGCUCCAGCCCCACCACUGUCGAAACUGCCGUUACCGAACAGACCGAGUCGAUCCCUGUCUCGUCAGAACAGGCUCCCAAGUCAGAACCCAUCGCAAACGGCUCCAAUGUACCCGCCGAACCUCAAUCAUACUCUAACGAUGGCUGGAACGAACAACAGCAGCAAGGCCAGCAAAACUGGGACUACAACAACAACAACCAGAACCAAGGUAACGACUAUGGUGCCGCUCAGCAAAUGAACCACGGCGGAGCCGGCGAUGAUGACUACAAGCCUAUUGGCAUCAAGGAAGACGGUAAAAUGUUUAUCGGUGGCUUGAACUGGGAGACAACAGAUCAAUCACUUAGGGAGUAUUUUUCACAGUUUGGCGAAGUCACAGAAUGCACUGUCAUGCGUGAUGGUGCAACUGGACGUUCUCGCGGUUUCGGGUUCCUCACUUUCAGAGACCCAAAGACCGUAAACAUUGUCAUGGUGAAGGAACACCAACUUGACGGCAAGAUUAGGGCUAUUCCUCGCGACGAGCAGGAGCGUACUAGCAAGAUCUUCGUUGGCGGUGUCUCGCAGGAAGCCACCGAGGCUGAUUUCAAGAACUUCUUCAUGCAGUUUGGUCGUGUUCUGGAUGCCACUCUUAUGAUGGACAAGGAUACUGGCCGUCCUCGUGGUUUCGGUUUCGUCACCUUUGACAGUGAAGCUGCCGUUGACAGAACCCUGGAACGUCCCUUGGAGAUCCUGGGCAAAUACAUCGAAGUCAAGAAGGCCCAACCCAGAGGCAACUUGCGCGGCAACGACGAUAACGGCAACAACGGUGGUUUCAAGAAACAGGGUUUCGGCGGCCAGCAGGGUGGCUUUGACCCCAGCCAGCAAGGCGGUAUGCAACAAGGCGGCCCUGCCGGUAUGGGAGGCAACAACAUGAGCCCGGCCAUGAUGGCUCAGUACUGGCAGCGCAUGCAACAAUACUUCCAGAUGAUGCAGCAGCAGUUGGCUACCAGCAUGGGCGGAGGCGGCAACCCUAUGAUGGGUGGUGGUGGCAUGAACCCUCAGAUGAUGCAGCAGAUGAUGGCCAUGCAGCAAGGCAUGGGCGGCAUGAACCCAGCCAUGAUGCAACAGAUGCAACAAAUGCAGCAGCAGAUGCAAGGCAGCGGUACUGGUAACUCAGGCAGCCCGGCACCCUCCAACAAUCCCAUGUCUCCAAUGAACGGCGGCCCCGGUCAGCGCCCUGCCUACAACGCUCAAGAGCAACUCGCCUUCGAGCAACAGAAGUACGAACGUCAGCAACAGCAGCGUGGUGGUAUGCCAGGCGCAUCUGCUACACCCAACAGUAGCAACGGCUUCCAACCCUCUGGCUCACCCACAAGCUGGGAGGGCAUGUAUGACGACGUUCCCGCUCCCAACCAGGGCGGCGGUCCCGGUAGCAACAACGGCGGCUUUGCCCCUCGCGGUGGCUUUGGAGGCAGAGGCCGCGGCAGAGGAGGCGGCGGUCCGCCCGCUGGCCCUUCUAAUGCACCUGCCAACGCACCCACAGGUCCUAAGAAUGCUGGAAGACCUGGCGCUAACUACAGAGGUGGUGGUAGAGGUGGUCACCGUGGUUUCCAUCCUUAUGCUCGCGGCGGCGGUGGUGCCUAG